CCGGACCACUCAUCAGUAUACGAGCGACCGCAGCUUGGCACAGUUGGUGAAGCAACGCGAACAGAACCGAACGAAACAGUUGACAGUUAGUGCGCAGUAACACAAUGGCUUUGGAGCGUCAAGUUCGUGCUAAGAUCGCCGGCAAGCGUGACCUGGAGAAGGAUAAGGAAGCUCAGUACUGGAUCGAGGAGGUGCUCGGUGAGAAGUUCCCGGCCGGUGUCCUGUACGAGGACGCCCUCCGCGAUGGGCUGAUCCUGUGCAAGCUGAUCAACAAGCUGGAACCGGGCGCGGUCUCGAAGAUCAACACAUCGGGCGGACAGUUCAAGAUGAUGGAGAACAUCAAUCUGUUCCAGCAGGCGAUCAAGAAGUACGGCGUGCCCGAUCUGGACGUGUUCCAAACGGUCGACUUGUACGAGAAGAAAGACAUCGCGCAGGUUACCAGCACAAUCUUCGCCCUGGGACGAGCGUGCUACAAGCAUCCACAGUUCCAGGGACCAUUCCUCGGACCAAAGCCGGCGGAUGAGUGCAAGCGCAACUUCACGGACGAACAGCUGAACGCGGGGCAGGCCAUCAUCGGGUUGCAGGCGGGCACGAACAAGGGUGCGACCCAGGCUGGCCAGAAUAUUGGCGCCGGUCGUAAAAUUAUUCUCGGCAAGUAAGCGAAUGUUGGCCCGAGCACCGGUCCGGAAAUUGUGUACAAACGCCAUCCACCACCACAUACGCACACAUACACUUAACCUCACACAGACACACAUCAGCACAUGAAGCUAUCCCCAGCGACCUACAUAAAAUGUCCGCUCCCAAACUCCUAUCCCAAAGCAUCCACAUUUGCGAGUGUGUAAGAUAAUAGUAGCAGGGAGUAGAUGAGAGAAGUAUGACGCGAGAGAUCAGGUAGUAGAUGCGUGGUAGAGGACCCCGGGGGACUCCAGGGGACUCCCCGGAUGGUCCCCAGAGUCCGACUGCUAUGAGAACUGGUAUUAUUGAUACGGCGUGCGGCAUUAUACACCUUGAGUUUAUAUUAUUCAACUACCUUAAUCCCGCACUGGUGAGGAAAAGCGGGAAAACAUCGGUUUGUUGUGUAAGAGAGCAAAAAUUCGUUGAUAAUUUAUCUGUAAUAAAAUUAAUACUAUUUCGUAAAAAAAACACACCCAGUAAAC